CAGACUGAGACUGAAAACUCUCUUUACGCAUCCUCUUACGCAAACUCAGUUACAUUUAUUUUGCUAUCAACAUGGGGGAUCACCACAGACCAUCAAGUUCACAUUCUCACAAGUCAUCUGUCAGCGAUGAGUACCUCGCUCGUAAAAGGGAGAAAGAAGAAAGAGAAAGACGCCGCAAGUUGAAAGGAAUGUACCUGGAAAAUCGUGAAAAAAAACUUGAACCCAAGAGAAGGAAAUGGGAAGAUGAUUAUGAGGUUGAUGAAGAGUAUGCCAAGAGUUGGGAGACAAGCCCCCGGUCAACAAGAAGUUCAACACCAAGCUCUCGAUCUCAUCGAUCAUAUACACCAAGACCCGGUUCUACUCCAAGACCCGGUUCCACUCCAAGACCAGGUUCCUCAAGACAUGGAUCUGUUGCUGGAACACCUAGAGUUCCUUACAGCUACUGGGAAAAUCCCUCAAUGCGUAGAGAAGAGGUUGAUGAAGAUCCUGAAUUAAUGAAAGAGUUAGAUCGUCGUUGGUAUGAUGAUUUAGCUGAUGUAAAACCUUUUGAUGACAUGCCAGAGGAAUAUGUUAUAAAGAAAGAGGAAGCUUUGAAAAAGAGUAGAGUUCAGAGGAUAUCAGCUCAACGACGGCAAAUUCAAAAGGAUAAUGAAAAGUGGGAAAAUAAUCGUUUACUUUUAUCUGGAGUCAUGAAACAAACGGACGAGGAGUUAGAAGACACUUCCGAAGAAGAAAGAGUUCACUUAAUUGUUCACAAUAUUGUCCCACCAUUUCUUGAUGGGCGAAUUGUAUUUACCAAACAAUUCGAGCCAGUUAUCCCUGUUAAAGAUGGUACUUCAAAUAUAGCGAUUUGCGCAAAAAAAGGGUCUGCUUUAACAAGAUAUCACCGAGAGAUGAAAGAGCGAAAAAAAGCACAGAAGAAAGAAUGGGAGCUCGCGGGAACUCGCAUUGGUGAUAUUAUGGGUAUCAAAAAAGAAAAAGAAGAUCCAAAAAACAACAGCGAAACUGACUAUAGAACAGAACAUCGUUUUGGGGAUCAUCUCGAUAACAAAUUAACCGACAGAGAAAAAAUCAGACGCCAAAGACAAAUGUUACCUGUUUUUGCAGUACGAAGUGCAUUAAUGAACGUCAUCCGUGAAAACAACAUCAUCGUUAUUGUUGGUGAAACCGGUUCAGGUAAAACAACACAAUUAACUCAAUAUCUACAUGAGGAAGGGUAUACAAGCUAUGGAAUGAUCGGAUGUACGCAACCCCGUCGUGUUGCAGCAAUGUCAGUUGCCAAAAGAGUUUCAGAUGAAAUGGGUGUUAAAUUAGGAGAAGAAGUCGGAUAUUCAAUUCGAUUUGAAGAUAGAACAUCAAAGAAAACGAUCAUCAAGUACAUGACUGACGGUAUUCUUCUUCGAGAAUCCUUAUCUGAUCCAGAUCUCGACAAUUAUUCAGCUAUCAUCAUGGACGAAGCUCACGAAAGAAGUUUAAAUACUGAUGUUUUGUUUGGAAUCUUACGAGAAGUUGCUGCUAAGCGAAUCGACCUGAAACUGAUCGUAACUUCAGCAACUAUGGACUCUUCCAAAUUUGCAUUGUUUUUUGGUAAUGUGCCUGUAUUCACCAUUCCUGGACGUACUUUUCCCGUCGACGUUCUACACAGUAAAAACGUUGUUGAAGAUUAUGUAGAUCAAGCAAUCAAGAAAGCAAUAGAGAUCCAUUUAAGUAUGCCUCCUGGUGAUAUCUUAAUUUUUAUGCCUGGUCAAGAAGAUAUUGAUGUUACAUGUGAAGCUAUCACUGAACGUUUAAAAGACUUAGAAGAUACAUCAAAACCACCUCCUCUCUCUAUUUUACCCAUUUACUCACAGCUUCCAUCUGAUCUGCAAGCGAAAAUUUUUCAAAAAUCUGAAGAUGAUGUUAGGAAAUGCGUGGUAGCUACAAAUAUUGCUGAAACAUCUUUAACAAUUGAUGGAAUAAAAUACGUAAUUGACUCUGGUUUUUGUAAGCUUAAAGUUUAUAAUCCGAAAAUUGGUAUGGAUGCUCUUCAAAUUUAUCCUAUUUCCCAAGCUAAUGCUAAUCAGAGAUCAGGUCGAGCCGGUAGAACUGGUCCUGGUCAAUGUUUCCGUUUAUAUACCGAAGAUCAAUACCGACAUGAAUUACUUACAACGUCAGUGCCUGAGAUUCAACGUACAAACUUGGCUAAUGUUAUUCUCCUCCUUAAAUCACUCGGAGUUCAGGAUUUGUUAGAAUUUCAUUUUAUGGAUCCUCCUCCACAAGACAAUAUGCUGAAUUCAAUGUAUCAAUUGUGGAUUCUUGGUGCUCUUGAUAAUGUAGGAAACUUAACUCCACUCGGUCGUAAUAUGGUCGAGUUUCCAUUGGAUCCAGCCAUGUCUAAAAUGUUGUUGAUUUCAACAGAAAUGGGUUGCUCUGAAGAGAUGAUGACGAUUGUGUCUAUGUUAUCUGUCCAGUCAAUUAUAUAUCGACCAAAAGGACGUGAAGAGGAAUCUGAUAGUGUUAGAGAAAAAUUUCACGUACCAGAAUCAGAUCAUCUAACCUUGUUGAAUAUUUACCAGUUCUGGGAAAGAGAACAAAAUAAAUCUUCAUGGUGUAAAGAACAUUUUAUUCACAUGAAAUCAAUGAAAAAAGUGAGAGAAGUCCGUCAACAAUUGAGAGAUAUUAUGAAAAGUUUAAAACUGCCGAUCAUUUCUUCUGGUAAUGAAUGGGAUUGUAUCAGAAAAUGUAUCGCUUCAGCAUAUUUCCAUCAAGCAGCUAGAUUGAAAGGAAUCGGUGAAUAUGUAAAUAUGAGGAAUGGAAUACCAUGUCAUCUUCACCCCACUUCUUCACUCUAUGGAAUGGGUUUUACGCCAGAUUAUGUUGUUUAUCAUGAACUUUUGAUGACUUCCAAAGAGUACAUGCACACAGUUACGGCAGUGGAUGGUAAUUGGUUAGCUGAACUUGGGCCUAUGUUUUAUUCUGUAAAAAUACCUCAAAAAUCACGGGUUCAAGCUAGACAAGAAAUGAAAAAUCACGAGAAAGCAAUGGAGGAGGAAAUGGCCGCUGCUGAAGAAAAGUUGAAGAGGAUGAAAAAAGAGAAAGAAGAGAAAGAAAUGUUGAAACCAAAAACGCCGAUAUUCAAGCGUCCUGCAACUCCAAGAAAACCGUCUAGACUCGGAUUGUAAUUUUAUUAACGAUUCUUCACAUCUUGUAAAUAUUUAAACUCAUCUGAAAUUAGUUUAUAUGAUUUUCUAUUAAAUAAAUUUAAAACUAAAAUUGUAAAUCUAA